CGCACAGGUCCCUGAAACAGCGGGAAAGUGAGAAUAAAAAUCAUCCGCAAUGGCCUCAGCGGCACAACGAUAAUAAUCUGCCAACAGGUCCCGACUGGACAAGCGGCGGGAAAGCUGCCAAUGACAAAGCUGUGUGGGUUAGACUCCAGCAGUUACCCCAACGCACACUCUGGGCUCCCCCCGAGCCUCGGCUCUCGCCACUGCGCCUAAUACUCUCCGGAAUUAGGGUUUGGACCAGCUGCAGGAUGCUGUACACUCUCCUGCGACAGAGUCCUGGCUUCACAUCACAAGGCUGUGUUCAAUGCUGGCACAGUUGGCGGCUGGGUAUCCGCAGGCCUGUGAAAUGUUUGAGGAAGGUGCUGUACCUGACAGCCCUUUCUCACAGACACUUUGUGUUCACCAGAGCUCCCAGCUUUGCUGACAGACUAGCGAUUGUAGACAGCUUCGGACACCACACCUAUGGGCAGCUGUACAGCAUCAGCCUGUCACUGUCCCGGGAUAUCCUGAGGGCCCUAGACUGUUCCAGCGGAGACAUCGCACAGCAGCGAGUAUGCUUUUUGUGCCCCAACGACGCCUCUUAUGUGGUGGCGCAGUGGGCCGCCUGGAUGAGCGGUGGGAUUGGUGUCCCUCUGUGUAAAAGCCACCCAGCACCAGAGCUGGAGUACACGCUGAGAGACUGUGAAAGCAGCCUGGUCAUUGUGGAGGAGACAUUUGCGGAGAGAGUGACUUCCAUCGCUGACCGACUCGGUGUUAAAUGGCUGGUGCUGCAGAGUGGCAGCCUGUCCCAGGAACCCUCACCAGGCUCCACACACCUACAUCCACAGCUCACCACCACGGGCUUCCCUGCUGAUUGGAAGGACAGAGGCGCCCUGAUAUUAUACACCAGCGGAACUACAGGGCGGCCCAAAGGGGUCCUGACCACACACCAGACUCUGCGGCACCAGGUUACCUCCCUAGUGGAGCUGUGGGCCUGGAGCAAGGACGAUGUCAUUCUGCACGUGCUGCCUCUGCACCAUCUACAUGGUGUCCUCAACAAACUGCUCUGCCCGCUCUGGGUGGGCGCCACCUGUGUGAUGCUGCCAGACUUCAACGCUCAGAAGGUUUGGGAGCAGUUGUUGAGAACGGACACCUCACGGACGCCUCGGGUUAAUGUCUUCAUGGCCGUGCCAACCAUCUACGCCAAACUGAUCCAGUUUUACCAGAAACACUUCACCCAGUGCCACGUCAAGGACUUUAUCCACGCUGUGUGCAAGGACAAAAUCAGGUUGAUGGUGUCAGGAUCGGCCGCUCUCCCUCAGCCGAUGCUGGAGAUGUGGAGAAAGCUGACAGGCCACACGUUGCUGGAGCGCUAUGGGAUGACGGAGGUCGGGAUGGCGCUUUCCAACCCACUGCAUGGCAGCCGUGUGCCAGGGUCGGUUGGGAACCCACUGCCCGGGGUCGAGGUCCGCAUCGCACUGGAAGCCUCCUCACGAUACCAGCCGUCCUGUACCGUCAUCACAGAGAGCAACAGUGACCAGACGAGGGUCACGCCUGGCAUGGAAGGGAGAGAGGGAGAGUUACAGGUCAGAGGAGCUUCAGUAUUUCAGAAGUAUUGGAACCAAGCAGAGGAAACCAAGGAAUCAUUCACACACGACGGCUGGUUCAAGACAGGAGACACUGCGGUGUAUAAGAACGGCCGAUACUGGAUUCUGGGACGAACAUCUGUCGACAUCAUCAAAAGUGGUGGCUAUAAGAUUAGUGCUCUGUAUGUGGAGCGCCACCUCCUGGCACACCCGCAUAUUGCAGAUGUGGCGGUGAUCGGUGUUCCUGAUGUUACCUGGGGUCAGAAGGUGACGGCUGUGGUGACGGUACAGGAGGGAGUCUCGCUGUCUCUGGGGGAGCUGAAGGGGUGGGCAAGGGAACAGAUGGCACCAUACAGCAUCCCCUCUGAGCUGAUUCUUGUGGAUGAAAUUCCUCGCAACCCAAUGGGAAAAGUUAACAAAAAAGAUUUAUUGAAACAUUUCUUCCCACAGCCUGGCAAGUAGUCAUGGUUACCGGUGCAGUUACCAGCAACUAGACAUGGUUACCAGUAUGUGUUCUGACCUGGUUAUGUGCACAUCCCACGGCUCAGAGUUUGUGACCACGAGUAAGCGACAUUACGUUUUGUUUAAUAAACAGAAUAUUGCCCUUUAA